UUGCUCCUGAGAGAUUCAGUCAUUCUGCAGAGCUUCUGUUUAGUAACUUGUUUAGUAAAGUUUGUUUACUGAACAUCAACAUGUAGCUGAGAUCAGCAAACCUGAAUGUAGAAUCUGAUGAAUCUCAGCUUCUGAACACCUGAGCGCAUGUGUUAAUAGACUGCAGCCUCGCAGCUCUCUGAAUGACAAGAUGACGUCGGCCACACCCACUUCUUCUCACAGCCCCGCCCCUCAGAAAGUGUGCCACUCCCAGACACAGACAGACAUUCUAAAGCCUCUGCUCGGGGGGGCGGGGCAUGGGAGUCAGGUGGCACGCCGGAGGCGGGUGCUAACAAAGGAUGGGCGGAGCAACGUCCGCAUUGAGCAUGUGAGUGGGCGUGGCGCUCUGUACCUGCGUGACCCCUGGACCACCUUUGUGGACAUGCAGUGGAGGUAUAAACUGGUUCUGUUCAGUGCCACGUUUGUGGGAACCUGGUUCACCUUCGGACUGCUGUGGUACCUGCUGGCUUUGGUGCAUGGAGACCUGCUCGAGUUUGAUCCUCCAGCAAACCACAGUGUGUGUGUGAUGCAGAUGCAAACACUGACCGCAGCCUUUCUCUUCUCGCUGGAGACUCAGACCACCAUCGGAUACGGAUACCGCUGCAUCACGGAGGAAUGUCCGUCUGCCAUCGUCCUGCUCAUCAUCCAGCUCCUCAUCACCACCGCCAUGGAGAUCUUCAUCACCGGAACCUUCCUCGCCAAGGUGGCUCGACCGAAGAAGCGUGGCGGGACGAUUCGGUUCAGUCAGCAUGCUGUGAUAGCUAAUCAUGACGGCCGACCGUGUCUCAUGAUACGAGUCGCCAACAUGCGCAAGAGUCUGCUGCUGGGCUGCCAGGUGACUGGGAAGCUUUUACAGCCGUGCGUCCCGAAGGAGGGCGAGACGGUGCGUUUGGAUCAGAAGAACGUGACCUUCAGCGUGGACACAGCCAGCGAGAGCCCCUUCCUCAUCCUCCCGCUCACCUUCUACCACAUCAUCGACGAGCAGAGCCCGCUGCGCCGAUGGGCCGACAAGGGCGGAUGGACGGACCCGGACCCGGAUCCGGCUGAUUUCGAGCUGCUGGUGAUGAUGAGCUCCACAGUGGAACCCACAUCAGCCACCUGUCAGGUGCGCACCUCCUACCUGCCCGACGAGAUCCUGUGGGGCUACGAGUUUACCCCCAUCGUGUCUCUCUCUCCGACGGGCAAAUACGUGGCGUAUCUCGCGUACUUCGACAAGGUGGUGAAAACAAAGACCCCGCCCCUUUUCAAUCAGACCCCGCCCAGCGGCACUGACGGUUGCCAUGGAGACGUGAGCGGCUCGGACCCGGAGAAGAGGCGACUGGAGCAGAGCUACCGAGAGGAUGAGAGACAGACGGAGGGUGGGACCGUUAGCUCGCGCAUCAGUAACGUGUGACUCACACAAAAUAUCCAACAAGAAUGUCCUUAAAAUCAAGCACUGAAAUCAUUAAUCCUGCAUGAACAGCAUCAGCCCAAUGAUAUGCAAAAAAAUAUUAACAGCAGCAUCUGUUAUGCAUUUAAUUACUUUAUUUUUAUGCGCUUUUAAAUGCAUAAACACAGCAGGGUUAUCAUUUACAUACUGCAUGAAUAGCAUCAGACAAUUAAUUUGCAAAAAAAUAAAUAAAUAAAAAUAAAUAAAUAAAAAUAUUAACAGCAUAUAAGAUGAAUAGGAAAAUAUAUAUUUUUGUGUAGGCCUAAAGCAAAUACAUGCAAAAUACUUUUGAAAUAAUGUGCUUUUUAUAUUUUAAAAUACAGUUUAUUGGAGCUCAUAUCAUGUAAAAGAAUACAUUGAAUAUUUGUAUACAUAAAAACACACAAAUACAUAAAAAACACCUAAACGCAAGAACACAGCAGGCUUAUCAUUUACAUACUUAGCAUAAAGAAUUAAACAAAUAUUACCUUAAAAUCAAGCAUUGAAAUAAAUUAUAUAUUGCACGAGCAGCCUCAGCCCAGUAAUAUGCAAAAAAAAUGCAUGCAUUAAAAAAAACAUAUAAGCUGAAAAGGGAGAUGUAUAUUUGUGUGCAGGUCUAUAGCAUACAGUAUGUUAAAUACUUUUAAAAUAAUGUGAUUUUUAUACUUUAAAAUGCAUUUUAAUUAGAUUAUUCUAUGAGCUUUUAAGGGCUCAUAUUAUUUGAAAGAUUACAUGCGUAUGAAUAAAAACACAUUUUAAAUGCAUAAAAAGAGCAGGAUUAUCAUUAGCAUAAAAAAUUUAUAAAAAUGUCAAGCACUGAAAUCUUAAUAUUGCAUUUUCAGCAUCAGCCCAAUAAUACGCAAAAUUAUUAACACAGCAUAAGCCGAAUAGGAAAAUUGAUCAUUUUGUCUAUAUCCGCUAGUGUAUAUUUGCAAAUUAUUUUUAUUAAUAUUUGAUUAAUAUUUCAAUUUAUUUAUAACUCUAAUGAGCUCAUAUUAUUUGGAAGAUGGGAUGUAAAAAUGUAAAGUUUCACACUUCAAAGGCAAAGGCAUUUAAAAUAAACUAGGGAAGACAAGUGAUUAAAAUUAUGAAAUAUUUGAAGAGUAACAAGAGCUUUUCUUCUACAAUCGUACACAUUUGAACCUAUAAUUUUAUAUUCAUCGAUGUUAUGCAUCAAACACCAAACUGCAUAAAAACUGCAGAAAUGUCAUUUACCAACUUAGCAUUGAAAAUAAAAAAAAGAUUAAAAUGUCCUUAAAAUCAAACACAGAAAUCAUUAAUAUUGCAUAAACAGCACCAGCCCAAUAAUCAAACCAAACUGAAAAUCUUACGUUCACUUGCAUGUUAUGCCUCAACCAGCCAAAUGCAUAAAAACACAACACAAUUAUCAUUUACCCACCAUAAUGCACAGGAAGUUAAAGUUCAUAGAGAGCUAUUUAUGUUGAAGUUGUGAUUAUAUGCAUAAUUAUCUGGUUUAUUAUUGCGUUUUUGCUCCUUUCAGAACAAACCUGUGAUUGUUUCAUGCAUCUGCUGUAUGAAUGUGUUCCUGUGAUUCAUCACAUUUUCUGCUUUAGUGACUCUGACUGAAUGUUACUGUAAUGAUUUUGCACUUUGGGGUCAUUAGGAGGAUUUAUUAUUAUCCUAACGAAUCUGACAGCACUUUAGUACUGUACUCUCCUCUCUUUACACAGAGAGGCAUUAAUGCAGUGGCUCAGAAAAGUGAAAGUAGUUCUGAGAAAAUCUGCGGCAUUUGGUUGAUCAGAUGCUUUGAUUUUAUUUUUGUAUCUAAUUUCAGGAUACAUAUUUAUAUCUGUGUUUGUCUAGCGCUGAACUACUGGAAUAUUAAACUGGAUAUACAGAGAUGCAUCAAUUUCCACAUUAAUAAACAGAUGAAGAUAUGGUUAAUCUGAUGCUGAUAAA